UUUUGACAGCCAAAUGUUUUUUUCAUGAGGAGACCCAGAUCUAAAUUAAAGUUAAUUGAGGAAAUUAUAUUAAAUUAAAACAAAAUACAUAAAAAGGGGACUUUGGAUGUUACACACAUAAAGAGGACAAUUAUUUUCAACACAUUUUAGAUGUAAAAUUGAUAGAAUUAUGGCCCAAGAACCUAAACCAGCAGGCGAUACCAAAGAUUCUUCCUCAGCAAACUUAGUUGCGGCAAUCAUUAAAAAAGAAAAAAUUGAUACAGAAGUUGAGAAAAAGAUUCUGGCACUUAAGGAGGGCAAGGUGUUGGAGCCAUCUGAUAAUAAGGAAAACUCCAACGAAGAUGGAGAUAGCCUCAGUUCCGAAGACGAUGAAGAGGAUAGUUCGGGCGAGGAGCACAGCGAUGAGGAGGAGGAUGAAAAGAAGAACAUAGAACCAGUCAAGAGUUCUAAUGAGAUUUUGGAAGAACUUUUCAAGGUGUUUAAUGCCAAGCCGCCGGAAGAAUUGUUGGAUGACAAGAAUUUAAUUGAAAAAACCAUAAAAAAGAAAAAGGAUAAGAAAAAGAAACAUAAAAGGAGUAAAUCCGGUGAUGAUCAUACCGAGUCGGAAGGUGAGAUAAAAGACGAGGAUGACUCAGGAGCAAAAAGGAAACACAAAAAGAAAAAGAAACACAAACAUAAGCAUAAAGAUGAGGAGAAGUCGAAAUCCAAGAAAAAGAGUAAAGAUGGGGAUAAAGUCAGGGUAAAGGAGGAAUCCUCGGCUGAUAAAAAGAAAACUAAGGAGAAGGACAAACAUGGUGAUGAUAAGAUUAAGGACACUUCCAAACACUCGCAUCACAGCAGUGAGGAUAAGCAUAGAAGGGACUCGUUGGAAAAGCGCACAGGAUCCUCUGACCAUAAACGCCAUCAUGAGAGGGAGCAUGAUGAUGGUAGUAAACGUCGUAGGACUGAUGACAAGGAGAUAAAGAUAAAUCCAUUCUAUGGUGCCUCAAGAGAUAAAGACAAGGACAAAUCAGAUUUGAUUAAAAUCAAAACAGAAAACGUGGAAAAGAUUAGCAGUAAACGUAAAGAGGAUGGUGAUAUAUCGGAGAUUUCAUUGUCCGACGAAGAAGACUAUCUAGAGGAGAAGAGGGGAAAUAGCAAAUACAAAAGCCAUAAUAGUUUCUAUGCUGGCACUAAACGUAGCAGGAGCAGGGAAGGCGAUCGCCACUACUCCGCCAAUACCAAGGAAAGAUUUCGUGAUAGAGAGCGUAGUGACCGGGAAGGCGGCUAUCGUCGUGGUGGAAGAAACUAUUCCCAUCGUUCCAGAUCUCGGUCACGUUCCCGAGACUUGGGUAUCGACAAAAAACGUCUUUUGGAAAUUGCCCGCAAAAAUGCCAUAAGCAUGUUUAAACGUGGCAACUUACCUGGCUGUGCCAACAUGACUGAGGAUGUCAAGGAUAAGGUUUUGUUGAAAAUGCGUUACGGCGGUCGUACCGUGGAAGACUUAACAGAGUUCUGUAAGAAAAUUUCUAAUGGAGAACAUCUUUCUGAGCUGAGUUCAGAUGAAGGCUCUGACAUCGAUAAGUCGGGUAAUGCCAAGGCAUUCCAUCAUCCCUUUCAAAUAAAGGAACGCGAGCCGAUUGUAAUGCAUAUACGAAACUCCAAGACCAUUGUACCGGCCCCAGUCAAAACUGAUGAGCAAACCAAGACAAUUACAAUGCAGUUCCCAGUGUCCUCGGGUCAACAGCAUCGCAUGACCGAGGCAUGGAUACCGGUAGAACCGAAGGAGAAGUUGCCACCACUGCCCGUAUUACCGGCAGCCACCCAGUCAACAACUAUCUUCAAGAGUUCGGUGGUGAAAAAUGCCCUGGGCAAGCCACUGCCGAAGGAAAGUGAACAGGAGCCGGCAUUUAAGCCGGUAGAAAAUCCAGGGACCACAAUUGCAGGUGUCUCACAAAAUUCUGAAAAUCCUGCAGCUAUAUCAUUGCCUACUAAUAAUAUCCCUGCCCCUGCUGCAUCACAAAUUUCAUCUGUACCACCACCACCAGUUCCACCACCCUAUUUCUAUGCCCAACUAGUAGCCCAACAGCCUGCAGCACCCAUAGUUCCUCCACCGGCAUUACCCGUGCCACCACCCAUGAUGCCACACCCUCCAGCCAACAAUUUUACACCUGAUGUGCCUGUUCCCUCUUCCGCCCAUUCAAUAUCAGUUUUUCCUGAACCACCAGCCCAACCCAUGGAUGUUUCAGCAAUAAUUUCCAAGAGGCUAAAUGCCAUGAGAAGAUUACAGGAAAAUCCCAUGGAUUCCGAGGCCAUUAAAAUGAUGUACAAUUCCCAAAAGGAAAUGACCACGUGGGCGGCAUCUAAACAUCUACCGGGACAAUUUACCGGCAGUACAGGUGUCAAUGUUCUCAAACCCAAUCAAUUACACUCUGGACCACAACACUGGGCCCGACGAGAUCAAUUGACCUCCACCAAACCAGUAACGGGCGGUAUGGGUAUGCAUUUGCUGCAAAAAAUGGGUUGGAGACCAGGGGAAGGUUUGGGUCGAGAAAAAAAUGGCUCACUACAACCACUGUUGUUGGAUGUCAAACUGGAUAAACGUGGCCUUGUGGCCCAGGAAGAUAUACGCCCACCCAAAUCAAAACGAGGUGGCGGAGGAGCAGGAGGAGUUCGUAAUGGUGGCCCUGUCCAGCAACCCAUUGAAAAUCUACAAAAUAAACAUCCUGUUUGCCUGCUCAACGAAAUUACCACAAAAUAUAAGUGGACACCCCCGCUCUACACCGUUGUCCAGGAAAAUGGUCCCUCGCAUAGUCGCAUGUUUCUGUUUUCGGUCCAGGUCAAUGAUCGAACGUUUACACCCACAAAACUUUGCAAUACCAAGAAAGAAGCUAAAUACCAUGCAGCCAAAUUAUGUCUUCAAGAGAUGGGUAUUCUGCCACCGGAUUAAAAUGUGAAAGAUGCCUUGGUGCUAUUUACUAUGUGUUUCUCAGAAAUAUUUCUAUUUUAUAAGAGUAGUUAGUCUAUAACUGGAAAACUUAUACAUCCAUUAUGUAAUUUAUAUAUAUGUAUGAUGGAGCAUUAAGCUUAGUUGUGUAAAUACUAUUUAUGAAUAAAGUAUUAUUUAUUCAA